CAUUUAAUCAUAUUUUGGGGGGUGUAAAUAUAAUAGUUAAUCUUUCUUUCCUCUUCUCAUUUUCUUGCCUCUCCCGUCUCCGAUCACCACACAAUUGCUCCGACGACGAAAAAAUGGCCGGCGAUGAAGAAAAUCUACAAGACGAAGCCGGAGACCAACCGGAAGCUUUACGACUCAAAGCCCUAGCCGAGCAGAAAUACAACUCCGGCAACCUCAAAUCAGCUCUUAAGUACGCCAAGCAAGCCCAUAAUCUCCACCCAGACGUCGACGGAGUUUCUGAAAUGCUCACUUCUUUUCAAAUCCUCCAUACGGGUACCGUUCCGGCGGUAACCCCAGCCACUGCCGUUAGCGGCGAUGGAGCUACUACCACGACUUCAAUUCUGCCCGAUUACUACAAUAUCCUACAAAUAGAACGAUUUUCACACAUCAACACUAUCAAAAAGCAGUACAGGAAACUGGCGUUAACCCUUCACCCUGAUAAGAAUCCUUUUGCGGCAUCCGAAGAGGCUUUUAAGCUUGUCGGCGAAGCGUUUAGGGUUUUGUCGGACAAGAUUAGGAGGAAGGAGUAUGAUGUGAAGCUUAGAGUUGCUAUGCAGUCAGCUGUUAUGGCUGAGGAGAGUGAAACGACGACGUUUUGGACGGCGUGUUCGACUUGCCGAUUGUUGCAUCAGUUUGAAAAGAAGUAUUUAGGGCAUAAUUUGAUGUGUCCAAGUUGUAAGAAAACUUUUGAGGCUGUUGAAGUUUCAGAAAAUGGUGACAAUGAAGGGGUUUCUGAAGGUUUGGUGGAGAAAAGGGUGAGUGCUAGGAUUAAGGCUAGGAAAAGUGUGAGCUUUGGUUCUUCAAGAAAUAGGGAGUUAGGGGGGAAGAGGAAAGUGGCGAGUGUUGGGGAGGUUUUGAAGAGGCCAAGUGGAGAAAUGACAAGAAGUGUUGAUGCAAUUGGUGUUGGAACUGAGGUUGUAAGGGCAAAGAGGGUGGAUAUGGAAGGAGAUGUUGAGAGCGAUGAUGGUUUGAUUAAGGGGUUGAAAUCAAAGACUAAUGGUAAGGUGAGAAAUGUAGGUGAAGUGGAAGAUACAAUGACAUUAGCUGAGAUGCAGUUGUUAGCGAAGAAGAAGGUUAAUAAGGAAAAGAUUCCGGUAAAAGAUAAGGGGGAAGAAAGUGAGAAAAGAAAGGAGAUGGAUUUGAGUUUGAUAGAAAAGGAAGAUGAUGUGGAGAUGGAGACGCUUAUUGCAAAGGUGAGGGAGAAAAGGAUGAGGCGAGAGGUGCUAAAGAGGGAUGUUUUAGAGGAUGGAGGAAGAAGAAGGGAUUCAAGUAGCAACAGGGGUGGUAAGGAGCUAAGGCAGGAUGAUUCCGAAAUAAUGGCAGAGAAUGGGAAGGAGGAGAAUGAGAAGGUGAUGGCGUUUAAUUUAAUGGAAAAGGAAAGUGAAAAAAGAAAGGAAACGAGUUUGAGUUUGAGUUUGAUUGAAGAGGAAGAUGAAGUGGAGAUGGAGACACUGAUUGCAAGGGUGAGAGACAAAAGGAUGAGGCGUGAGGCAUUAAAGGGGGAUAGUUCGGAGAAUGGAGGAAGAAGAAGGGAUUUAAGUAGCAACAGGGGUGGUAAAGGGUUAAGACAGGAUGAUUCAGAGAGAAUGGUGGAGAAUGGGAAGGAAGAUGAGAAGACGACAACGCUUAAUUUAACGGAAAAGAAUAGAGAAAAAAGAAAGGAAAUGAAUUCGAGUUUGACAGAAGAUGAAGAUGAAGAUGAAGUGGAGAUGGAGACACUGAUUGCAAGGGUGAGAGAGAAAAGGAUGAGGCGUGAGGCGUUAGGUGGUUUGCAUGAUGGAGGAAGAAGAAGGGAUUUAAGUAGCAAGAGGUGUGGUAAAGGGUCAAGGCAGGAUGAUUCGGAGAUGAUGGAGGAGAAUGAGAAUACAAUGAGGUUAAAUUUAAUGGAAAAAGAAAGUGAGGAAAGAAAGGAGACAAAUUUGCGUUUGAUAGAAGAGGAAGACGAAGUGGAGAUGGAGUCACCGAUCGCGAGGGUGAGAGAGAAGAAGAUAAGGCGCGAGGCGCUAAAUGCAGAUGGUUUAGAGGAUGGAGAAAGAAGAAGGGGUUUAAGGGUCAAGAAGGUUACUUUGUCAAAAAGUAGCAAGAAGGGUAAAGGGCCUAGGCAAGAUGAUUUGGAGAAGGCAGUGGAAAGUUUUGAUCUUUAUAAUUUUGACAAGGAUAGAGUAGAGAGAAGUUUCAAGAAAGGACAAGUAUGGGCUGUUUAUGAUGAUGAUGGAAUGCCAAGGGAUUAUGCUUUGAUUGAUGAUAUUAUUUCUGCGCAUCCCUUUGAGGUGAGAUUGAAUUGGUUGGAACUUCAAAGUAAUAGUAAUGAAGCACUACUGCAUUGGGGGGAAAGAGGUUUUCAUAUUUCUUGUGGGAAGUUUAAGGUUUCUAGGCAGGCUUUGCUUAAAUCAUUGAAGAAGUUUUCACAUGUUGUUGAUAGUGAAAGAGCAGCAAGAGAGUUGUAUAGAAUUUACCCCUCAAAAGGUUCGAUAUGGGCAUUAUAUAAAGAGCAUGCUUUAGUUGCUGGCAGCAGUUCUCUAAUGGAGGAUAAGCCAUGUUAUGAUAUUGUUAUAUCUUUGAGUAGUUACACCGAUUUACAUGGUGUGAGUAUCGCAUAUCUUGAAAAAGUUGAUGGGUUCAUGACUAUUUUCAAGAGGAAACAGGUAGGGGCUCAUGCUGUUAAGUUGUUAGGAAAGGAUGAGCUUAGGUUGUUUUCACAUCGGAUUCCUGCAAGAAAGCUAUCUGAUGAAGAAGCCUCAAACAUCUCCAAGAACUGUUGGGAACUGGAUCACACUUCAUUGCCUCGUGAGUUGCUAGCUAUUAACAGGGGGAGUUAAAGAGUAUGUGAAUCAGAUGGAAAUGGACUUCUUGCACUGAGCUAUUACCUAUUGAUUACUCAUUUAGUUGGCAAAGAUGUCCGAGUUAAGUGUGUCAAGGUAGUCUGGGAAGCGUAAGAUGCAGCAUCAGGUAAGAUGCAGACUCACCCCAACAGAAUGUACCAAAGAAUCAAGAGAAUGGUAAUCAUCAGGUUCCUGACUUCGCAUACUCACCAAAUCCUCAAAAUGGGAGUUCUAGCUCAGACAGGAAUUAUUCAGAAUCAGAGUACAAACCUAAACCAGUUCCCCAAUGAAAUGUAAUCCCUACUAGACCGCUGCAGUCUGCUCCUCCUCCUAGUGUAUAAUGCUUAACUCUUGUAUACUUGCAUGGUUUAAUACGACAUUGUCUCUUGCUAAAAAGGGCAGCUCGGUGCACUUAAGCUCCCGCUAUGCGCAGGGUCCGAGGAAGGGCCCGACCACAAGAGUCUGUUGUACGCAGCCUUACCUUGCAUUUCUGUCAGAGGCUGUUUUCAAGGCUUGAAUCCGUGACCUCCUGGUCACAUGACAGCAACUUUACCAGUUACCAGCAACACGACAUUGUCUCUUGCUAGAUUUUGCUAAUUUACUGCUAGUUAUAGUAUGUUGAUUAAUAAUGAGAUGAAUGAGUACUUUCCGCUCCUAUGGUAGUAUAGCGCAUGUUCUCUAACCUUGAAGCUCUUUCAAUAUUUGACUAAAUUUAAGUUGGUGAAGUUUAGCUCAACUACUUACCAAAUAAUAAUGGUAGCAGGUCCAAUUUGUCUAUAGUUGACUACUGUUGCAUCAUUCAUGCUCACAUGCAUCUUUUUCCAUAUUAAAUAUGGUGUUUGAUUUGUAAUUGCUGCAGUAUCUAUUCCUCGAUCAUCCACUUGUGUGAUCGGAAUAUAACUAACUUGGUCUUUGUGCAUAGGCGAUUUUUAGUUGUGUCUGGAUGUGCUAAUUAUUAGCUUCGGCAACUUGCCUCAUAUAGAAAUACAAUUUAGUUAUUGCUGGUGAGGUGCACUACAACAUAUAAAUUAUAUGUUACCCACCAGACAGUCUGAUGGGAGUGAAGUUUUCUUUAUUUAGAGAUGAUCUAUGUUCUGGGGAAAACCCAACACAUAUGAUUUAUGUUUUACUGGGUAUUUGCAGAGACCUCCUCCGAGGCAAUCAGCGAUAGAUAUUGAGAAGUUGAAUUCAACAAGAAGGCGUCUUACCAGCCAUACUGAUGUUAUGUACAUUCUACAUUGGAAACUAUUCUCCAAUUACUACAGGUUGAACUAAUAAUUAUCAUCAAAACACUAAUAAUUUGCUAAGAAUAGACAAACAGCACUUAAUAUAACAUUAGAGUAACAAUUUAACAUAAGAUAACAUCAAAGAGCAUAUAACCUGCUAUACAGUUGCAUCUUUAUUUUUUUGAUUGUUAAAAGUUGAUUCUUAUAUAGGAGCAUUUGUGACAUUUAAGUACUUGCAAUUGUACAUGUCUGCAGAUUUUGGUAUUCUCUUAGCAGAAUAGGACUGAAUAUAAUACUAGUAUCCUAUGUUGCAAAAGCAAGGUAGAGUUUCUCUUCCUUAGAUGGAAAUGUUACACAACCAGAGGCGGAUUCAAGGUUUAGACUUGACCAGUUCAACAUUUCUGGUUCUUAGCACAUAACGCAUUGUACAUUUGAAAUUAUGUGUUCAAAAAUGAAUGUUUGUUGAAAUGUUACAAGUUAACACACAUAUAUUGCUAUGUUUGUAUCUUUAA